GAAAGUUGCCAACUAAAUUAAACAAAAAGUGAAAGAUAGGCUUCAUUAUGGUGUGUUAAACUAUAAAAGCAUCAGUACUCAUCAGGCUGCAGGAGCGGAAAGAACUGUUUUCACGAUUCAGACACUUGAAUCUGCAAAACUAUGGCCUGCAGUGUUCCGAAGCGCGUGGCAACUACAAGGAACAGAGAUUUGGAUCCAAACGAAGAAAUCCGAAUAGUGCUGAUUGGAAAGACAGGAAAUGGGAAGAGUGCAUCAGGAAACACCAUCCUUAACAAACAGUCUUUCAAAUCACUACUUUCUCCAGAGUCUGUGACAUCAGCAUGUGCGAAGGUCAGAGGAACGGUGGAUGGACGCAGAGUGGCGGUCAUUGACACACCAGGUAUCUAUGAUACAAAGUACACAGAAGAAGAAGUGAUCAGAAAGCUGAAAGAAUGCAUCUCUCUCUCUGCUCCUGGUCCUCAUGUCUUCCUGAUUGUGAUCAAUAUUGGUGGCAGAUUCACAGAGGAGGAACAGAAAACUGUUGAACUCCUGCAGAUGGUGUUCGGCGAUAGGGUUGCAAAUUACUCCUUGGUUCUCUUCACUCACGGUGACAAGUUGGGACACACAAGGAUUGAUGAAUUCUUUAGACAGAGCCAGAAACUUACUCAUCUCAUUACAAAAUGUAAGUGGCGGUAUCAUGUCUUCAACAACACAGUUAAAGAUAACACGCAAGUAUCUCGGCUGCUUACGAAGAUAGCAAGUAUAGUCCGUGAUAAUGGAGGAACAUUUUACACGAAUCAAAUGUUCCAGGAGGCUGAGAAAGCAAUCAUAGAACAAAUGGUGAAGAUUUUGAAGGCUGAUGCAGAGGAAAAACACAAAGAAGAAGAAAAACUGAGGGCCAAGUUCAAAGGAGAACAGCUGAAGGAAAAGCUACGGCAACUCGGAGAAUCGUUUCAAGAAAAAUCAAGAGAAAAGGCAGAGAAGAAAAACAAAUUCCUUGAAACUGGUAUGAUCGUAACAACCGCUGAAGCGGGUGUUGCAAUCGGGGCUGCUGUUGGCGCUGUAGGAGGUCCACUUUGCAUUGGCAUGGGAGCUCUGGUGGGUGGAGUUACCGGGGCUAUAGUAGGAGUCUUGGCACCAGUAACAGUAAGAGCUCUAAAAAACAGAUGCAUGGUACAGUAAAUCAUGUAAGCGGCCUGUACAGAGUCUUGGAACAACCUUGGAACUCAACUUUUAUAAUGAACUGACCAACUUGAAUAGAUGACAGAGGUAAAGUUGUUAUUAGAAAAUUGUUGGUGGAGGUGUCUUUUAGUAACAUACUGUAUAUACAAUAUUUUUGUUUUGCAUUUUUACUGUGUGU